GAAGACUGUGAAUCAGCACUCAGCAGUCAGAAGAAAGGUCCAGUUAUUUUGAUCCUGCUCUCCUGGUCUUGGGAAUUUUCAUACUCCUGGUCUUGGGAAUUUUCUUAUGUACUCUACGCCCUUUCAUCAAACUGGAAUCUUUGGUAGCUUGCAAUGGGAGCAGUAAGGGCAGUUCUUCAGAGAUUCUCAACUGUGGUCUGUUUCAAUUGCCCAACCAUUUCCUUUGCUCCUCAAAGGAAUGCUUUGCUUGCUAGGAGUCUAUUAUCAUCAUUUUCAUCAUAUAGCUGUUCUUCUGGGAUUACAUUGUUUUGUGAAGAAAAACGCUGUCAUUGUCAAGUGAAUGUGAGAAGGUUAUGGACUUCCACACCUCUCUGUAUGGGCAGGCGGUCUUCCAAAAUCGCCGGCAGAAAGGGGGCUCAGGAUGCUAAGAAGGCAAAGCUGUAUUCAAGAAUUGGAAAGGAAGUUGUAUCUGCUGUAAAGAAGGGUGGUCCAAAUCCUAUAUCAAAUACAGCUCUAGCUGCUGUACUCGGGAAAGUCAAGGAACUUGAUGUGCCUAAGGAAAUUUUGGAGCGUAAUAUUAAGAGGGCUUCUGAAAAGGGACAAGAGGCUUAUAUUGAGAAAAUCUAUGAGGUAUAUGGUUAUGGUGGAGUUAGUAUGGUGGUGGAGGUCUUGACAGAUAAAAUAAACAGAUCAGUGGCUGCUGUUAGAGAGGUAGUGAAGGAUUAUGGAGGAAAGAUGGCAGAUCCUGGAUCUGUCAUGUUCAAGUUUAGACGUGUUCGGGUUGUGAAUAUAAAAGUCACAGAUGCAGACAAGGAUCAGCUUCUUGCCAUUGCUUUGGAUGCUGGUGCUGAGGAUGUCAUUGAACCUCCAAUAUAUGACUAUGAUACUGAUGAAGAUAGUUCAGCAAGCUAUUACAAAAUUGUAAGUUCGUCCGAGAACUAUGCUGAAAUAUUGUCAAAACUUCGUGAGGGAGGAAUAAAUUUUGAGACUGAUAAUGGUUCAGAGCUGCUUCCAAUAACAACUGUUGAGGUAGAUGAUGAGGCAAUGGACUUGAACAAAGAACUUAUGUCUAAAUUACUUGAACUUGAUGACGUUGAUGCUGUUUACACAGACCAGAAGUGAUCAAAUCCCAACUCCGAUUGCCUUCCGAGCAAUCGAGAGCUUGGAUGGUGCAGUGUGAGACAGUCUAUGUAUGUGGUUUACGGCUUUACGCACAAAAUGAGUUUAAAAUCGUCCAUUUAAUCCCCGGAAGGACGACAUAAUUCUUUUUAAGGGGAAAAAUGGGGAUAUUUUUUUUGUUCGGUUGAGGUAAUUGAUGAUAAAAUUCUUGGAGGAACGUCCCAUGUGUUUAUGGGGUUGUAGUACAUUGAGCUGAUAAUAAUAUUAUAAUAGGAUUUUUUGGUGA